AUGUCCGACACAUUUUUGAAAAAAUAUAAGGCAAUUGAGAAAAUUGGCGAAGGUUCAUUCUCGGAUGUUUUAAAAUGUCAAAAUAGAGUGUCUGGUGAAUUAUUUGCAGCGAAACGUUUAAAGAAAACUUUUUUUAAUAUUAAGGAAAUUUUAGAAUGUCCAGAAGUCUCGACAAUGAGAAAAAUUACUAGACAUCCAAAUGUUUUGUAUGUACUCGAAUGUUUGUAUGAUUCCUUGUCUGGUAGAGUGACACUGAUUUUUGAAUUAAUGGACAUGAGUCUUUUUGUCAUGAUGAAAGCGAGAAAAGGGCAAAUAAUUAUGGAGCAUAAAGUGAAAUUGUAUUUACAUCAGCUAUUGAAAGGAUUGGAGCAUUUACACAAGCAUGGAAUUUUUCAUCGUGAUAUAAAACCGGAAAAUAUUCUAAUAAAGGGCGAUUCGGUAAAAUUGGCAGAUUUAGGAUCAAUUAAAGGAAUUUACAGUAAACCACCGUAUACUGAUUAUAUUUCAACGAGAUGGUAUCGCCCACCUGAGUGUUUACUGACAACUGGAUAUUAUGGACCAAAAAUGGACAUUUGGGCGUCUGGUUGUGUAUUCUACGAAUUAUUAACAUUGAAACCCCUUUUUCCUGGAUCGAACGAAUUGGAUCAGAUUUCAAAAAUUCACAAUAUUCUCGGCACACCUCACACAAGAUUAGUGGCAAAAUUUCGAAAACAAAAACUUCGAAAUUGCUUCUUCUUUUCGUCGAAGAAAGGACAGGGUCUUUAUUCCCUGGUUCCACAGACGAGUGAAGCUGGAAAAGAUCUUUUGCGAUUGAUGCUAAUUUACGAUCCGGAAUUCAGGAGCAAUGUGAGAAGACUUUUGGAUCAUCGUUAUUUCAAUGAACUAAAGGAAGAAUCGCCGAGGAUUACAAGAAGUGUAACGCAAGCUUCUCAAAAAAAUUCUCAAAACUGGAGAAAUCCUGCUCUUAUGAAUCACGUUUUGGCACAAAAGCGAAGAAAAUCGAAAUUUUCCAGAAUUCUACCAAACGAUUCAAGAAGAAAUGCAUCCUGCGAAUUUAUUCAGCCAAAAGUUUUAAAUUCAAAUCAAUGGAUUCCAAGAAUUCCCCAAAGAAAUCCAUUGAGCCACAAGACAACAUCAAUCAAGCCAGAAGGAGCGGAAACAAAAUUUCCCAAUAUACAAAAUAAUGGAAAUAUGUAUGAAAAUCAUAAUAAAAUGCAAAAAGUGGCAUCAAUCAAGAGGAACACAUUAAGAAUGGAUUAUCCUAAUUUAAGAGCCAGGAGAUUUAAUCAUUAUUACGAGGGAGAAACGUUUAGAAAAAUUAAUGAACUAUCUCACAAUAACAUUCCACCACAAGAAAAAUUAAAUCAUCGUCCAAUUGCAUCAAAACCAUCAGGCUAUCAAUUUUUAUAUAGACAACAAAAAAAUCUCCGCCGUAAUAAUAUGGAAAAUAAUGUACGAAAAGUGACGGAAAUUUCUGGAAAGAGACCCAGCUUUAAUAUUAAAUCGCCAUACGUGAAAAGUCCAGCGAAAAAAAUUGCGAAACGUGAAGUUUGAAGUACUAUUUAAAAAAAUUUAAUUACAAUAAAAUAAAUUUCAGAGCGAGAGAUUAAAGUGAGUUUUGUAAACUUUCAAAACUAUUUAGAAUAAAAUUCAAACUUACA